GGCUCGACAAUAUGGAUUAUCCAUGGCCAGCAGAAUGGAGAUUCUGAUCCAAGGCAAUUUUUCAACCUCGGAUCGAAGAAAAUAUUGGGAAUUAGAAGGCAUGCUCAGUUGUGUUGACUAUGAGUGCACAAUGCUUGUGACUAUUCUGGGGUGGUAAUUUGUAGAGAUGGGCAAAUUCUUAAUGUGUAUUGAGAGCACUUUGAUGGCUGUGAGAUGGGCUUAUGUUAAUAUAUGAAUUAAAUGUCUUUUGUUAUCUUUUCCUUUUUCUUUUCCAUUAACAAAAAAACUGGAAGGCCCAGUAUGAUGAGAUAAAAGACAUAAAGAGAAAGUGAGAAAAAUAACAAAAGUGAUUUGAUUCUUGGAUCUGGAAGCUUUUGGAACAUGCGUGCAGGACACCAGACUUUGUAUUUCUCCACACACCUUGGUUUCAAAUUACUAUAUUAUACCACGUUUCCAAGUCCAUAGCUGUCAUCUUUCUCCACAAAAAACCAAACAAACUCAUUCCUAGAUAUCGGAAGUACACAAUGUGUAAGUUUGGCCUCAUAAUCUGCUCAGCAAAGGAUGCACACUGGAUGAAGCUCGAUGCUAUUUACUUAUGUGCGCAAGCACAAUCAACUUUUGCUCCUUGCAGCAUCUACUCGGCAAAAGAAGAGCAUCUUCAAAAGCUAAAACAUUGGCUGUAUCCUGCACCUUGCCGUAAAUGUCAUCCCAACAUAGAGCAAGAUGUAAAAGAAGCAAUGUCUACUCCAAUCGGGACAGUUUCAGAUGAACAAGAGGCGAUUUCUCAAUCUCCAACGACGGCCAACAAUCUUAGCCAUGAUAAACAUAAAGAGAUCGAUUUCGAAAGCAGCAAUUCUUCGGACAAACCAUUUGAUAUGAGAGGUGACCGCGAUGGUAUAGAUGACGGUAGUGGAUGCUAGUUACCACGUGCGUUUGUUUCAGAGGUGACGAUGACACCGAUUCAGGAUCUGAUAUUGAUACUUGCUUUUUCAUAUCGAUACAUGUCAGAGGAUUCGCAAUCUCGUUUUAGUGUAUUACUUUGGUGCAAGCA